GAAACGCAUGGGAACGCUUUCGCGGCACCUCGAAGUAAAGAUUUCGGACACUAAAAAAGAUGCUAGCUCUCGGUGCGCAACGGGCGCGCUCAGUUCCUAUGUUGGCGCUACAGGUUGGAAGCGUGCCUAUGCCAGCAGAAUUGAUUUACCUAAAUGCAUUUCCAUUUCCCAGCGACCACGAGUAAAGUUGUCUUGAGACUUAACUCGUCUAGCGAGCACGAAGAUGCUAAUAAAACUAGGUCAACUCCAAUUCGCACGAAUUUUAAACUUGCGGGCAGUUGCCGCCUUUCGGUAUGUGGCAGGAGAUGUCUUAGCCUAGAUGGAGGGACGCGCUGUGAUUGCCCCGAUUGCUUCGCGUCUCACCUCUUCCGGCCAUUCUGUGCCAUGAGAAACCUCGGCAAAAUGACCUGUCCCCUGGUAUGGUUUCUGAAGGACGAUGUGGGGUGACGUGUGUAGUAAGCAGCCCAUCAUCCCAUUGCGCGAAGCAGGAAUGAUGCGCUUUUUUUUGUGUGAGAUCGUCCCUGUCCAUGUGGCACAUAAGUAGCGUCGACAGAGGCACAACCCUGCCCCUGGUGGUGCCUGUAAAAGUGCUCCCAUUCCCAUGGCCAUGGUGAAAGAAGAUCCUGACUCAAAGUGGAGUAGGGCGCGGAGCUCGAUCGGCUCUUCGCACACAGUCCAACGGGAUGGCGUUUCUUUUGGUUCAUGCCCUGGGAAGAAAGCGUCUAGCUGCGGGAAGCGUCUUUCUUUCUUCUUGUGUCGAUCAUUUACAUUUUCGUGCACUCGUCGCUUGGCCCUUUUUACUGUUGCAUGGCGUUCCUUUUUGUCAGGCCGAUGCCCCUGCUUGAGAAAUUGGUGGGGGUGUGUUGCCGCUGGUAGCUCCUUGUGACGGCGAUAAAAAACCCACAUUGCAGCUGCGGCGGGAAGGAUUUUCCUAAAGUCCACGUCGCCGCGUUUCGCUUGGUGAAUGCCGGCGACUUUCUCCCGCUAUAUGAUCGGCGUCCCCGCCCUUCUUAUGUGCUUCUAAACGGGAGCGACUUGGUGCAUGGACGUACGAAGUUGCGAAUACUUAAAGCAUCGAUCUACGAAGAGAAACGCUAGGACCCGGAGCCUGAUACUGGGAAAUAUUUGUUGGUAGUUUUUUUCCUCGAUGUUCAGUUUUUUUCAACUUCAAAAUUCCGACAUCGAUUUGGAAUUGGUCUCGGUACUCAGUUUCCAUUUGAAAUCGCUAAGAGUCACCAACUCCAACUCAACUUCGAAAUAGGCUCGGGAGGCCGAUUCUGAUUUCGAAUUCAUUGGAUUGGUUCGCCACUUUUGAUAUUGAAGCUCUUGGCUUCAAUUUUGAUCCACUGGCGCAGACGUCCGUAGCGUUUCAAUUUUGUAGGUGUCCUUGGCGUUGCCGUUGCGCGGCCUACGGCCUUGUGAUGCGCGCGGCAGGCUACUCCGCAAUGCGAUCGAUGGAGGGUGGGACCUGCACCGGCGACAGGCGCUACGCACUCAACAAGCUAACAAGCUGCAACCUUCCAGACCCAGACACGUCUGCAAUUCACGAUAGAACCUAACCGGAAACAAGUGCACCCAAAAGAGGGCCCUCUCCGUCUCGGUUAGCAGCCGAAUCGCUUUAAUUGACAAGGGCACGCCCCCGAGCGUGUUGGCUCGCUAUUAUUAUAGGAUGAAGCGAAAAGAACUCAACUCCCGCAUUGCAACGCUGCCCCGGUGGGCGGUGAGAGGGAGAGCCUAUCUACAAGAGACUAGUGACCCUCUGCCAAGUUGUGGCGCUGCCUGCGGGGGGAGGCGCACGACUGUCGGCAGGUCGUCUGCUUAUGGAAAGGCACUUUUAUAUAUCUGUCUUGUGUUGAUCCUCGAAAGACCACUGCCCUGCGCGCCUUUUUUUGUCGGCCAUGAUUUGAUCCCACCUGCGAUUUUGCGUCUGUUUUUGGGUAAGAUAUUCCUGCCAUAGCGCUCGGGCGAGGAGUAUUCCACACAACAGCAGCAGCAACAGGGGUGUGCGCGAUGUUGUUGGGACUCGCCGUACGGUGUGCAAAAGAAUCAGCUCCAUACUUCUCGUAUGUGGAGGCGACAAGCCCACACGACUACCCCACGUUCUUCAAAGCAACUUUUAUUUCUGUAAGUAUCUUUCUACUCCUCCUAAUCCUAUACUUUUCUUGAGCGAUGAGAUUUGCUUUGCCUCCUCUUCCAGACUUUACCUGAUUUCAUGCAAAAAUGCAUUUGCAUGCCAAAUUUUCAUUUUGCGCUCGUCCUGUGCAAAUGCGAUAUCGCUAUUUUCUAUGAAUUCGAAUAUUGCGUUUGCGAGAAGUGCAACACUUUUGCUACAUUUCAUAUUCCUACGCACGCGACAGCUUUCAGGACGUCGAAACGGAUUCUGCAAGCCGCUCUCUUCGUCUAAUAUUGGAAAAACAUGUCUGUUUUAGUGUGGCCAGGUUGUACGGUCAUGACACCAUGUAACAACGUCUUGCGAGACAGAGUCCCAUGAUUCCUUUUGUGUCCGACAACAUCAUGUGUGUUUUUAUGUGUAGUGAGGCCACCGAACGGCUCUAGCCGGCAAAACGGCCGGCAGUUUGCCAUCCAGCCAGCAAAACGGCCGGCAGUUUUGAAGCGGUCGGAAGUAGGGUUUUUGCACAACUGAAAGGCUCAACUAUCAAGCGGCCGGGGCUCUAAUAACAAACGAGCUCGAGCGACCUCCAAUUCUGUCGGUUGGCGCUUGAUAUAACGACGCAAGAGAGACGGCAAAAGGGGCGCCCUUCUGAGGCGCCCACCGCCUUGGUUUCGGGCGCUUUUUGGCGCCCAAAAGGCUCCGCAAAAGAAGACCGCGCAAAACUAAGUACACCGCGACUUCGGAGCAUUGAUUGACUGCCGGCGACCGCGAAGGUGGCCGCCUUUUCGCCAGCUGCCAAGCCUGCGAAGCUCUUCAAAACGCACAGCAGAGAAAAGCGAAAACGCAAAAACAAAAAAGCGCGUCACACUCAUGGAGCGGGAGCCAGCCCGCACACCAUGGGCCCAAUUUUUUCCGUUUCCUGGGCCCGCCCCGGCGCACCCGCAGCGAGCCCAUACUGUCGGGGUUGGCUUCCGGCCAGAAAUUCUACAAAUUUCCCAAAAUAAAUUUGCGACGCUUCUGAGUCGGCCGUCAGCGAUUUCGCGCGGCGUAGCGCCAGUGUGGCGAGCCUGCAAAAACCGACUUUGCGGCAGGCCCGCGGCCAUGGUGGAGGCGCGAAAAUGCCCAUCGUCUCAUUACCCCCGCGUCCGCCCCGCCGGCUGUAAUAUAAUUUGGCGCGUAUCAUGUUUUUGUUUUCUUUUUGUGGCCGCUGCAUCAAGGCGCGGGCGCCGGGAUCCACCGUGCGACGAGGUCUUCGUCUUGUAGACUAGUUUCAGGCAUUAGCCACGCUUGAGAAGUCCUCUCCUGAUGUCAUUCCGAGGGAAUUUGUCAUGGUGGUCGCCCGAUAAGUCGUUCACAUCAAAGCAGCCACUUGCUUUCUGGGAUUUCACCCUUCAUGAGCUCGAGCCGCGGCGUGAAAAGGCAAGAACUUCACCUCUACUACUGCUUCUAUGACGGUUUUUUAUAUAUAGCUACUCCUACAACAGCGCUGGUGGUGGAGCUACGAUUGGUAUUGUGCAGCACUGCGCAUGUUGUUGGGCGCACGCGUCUUCUUGCUUUAGGUGGUAGCUUAUGGGAUUCUCAAACGUGACACUCAUACCUGUUGCGUGAUUUGUACUGCGGAAUUACAAUCAGCAUUGAAACGAUCAAGCUACUCCGCGUGACAAAUUAUCGAAGGGCCAAACAGCAUAAAAAUCUGAUCCAGAUUUGUAAAUGCAAGCUAAGACUAUUUACUUGACUUUCGCUACUCUUGCGAUGCGAAUUCCGCCAUACUGCAGCUGGUGCACCACAAGAGAGGCUUGCGCUUGGGCUUGGAGUAGUACGAGAACGCGGAGCCCUAUUCUACCGAAUCUUCAAUCGUCGUAAACAAGCCAACACGUCCGAGGCAGUCGACGAAAAAGAUGAAAGACAAACACUAUUAAGACAGCUACUCAUUUCUCUAAGUGACAAAUUAUCGCUACGACCAGCGGUAGCGGGGCGGAUACUGGUGUGAAGUUUGAGUGAGAUCACGUCGCUGUGUGUUGUCUCUUCUUAUCCUGGUUUCUAUUUCGUUUGUUGCCGACGUCGUUGAGGGGC